AUGAAAGCAUUAUAAACUUUUUUCGUAAGAGCUAAAGCCUAUUAUGCCAAGGACACUACCAAGCUUAAUGAGAUAGUCCAAAAAAGAAUGGUACGUUUUUUCCUGUUCUUAAAAUAUAUAGCAACAAAACUCUAGUCAUACCUCUCAGCAAGGUUAAGUAUUGAAGCUUAAAAGAGAGCACUAGUAGAAGAGUAAAUUAAAAAACAGAAGAUUUCUUUAUUGGAAUCAGAAUAGGGAAAACAAAACUCAGAUAAAAAUUCCUUCUAUUUCGAGGGCCUACUUGAAAUUUUUAACACUCCAGCAGAAGGUUCCAAGCAAUUCUGUGGCAGAUAUAUUGAACUUGAAUUUUUCCAUACUGUUGAGUUUACUCAGCCAGUCUAGAACUUUGAAAACGCUUCAAUCUACAGCUCUCAUUACUCAUUUGGGCAUGACCACGAGGAUGAUAUGUCACAAUCCGGAAUCGACUCCAUCGAUACUGAAUACAUAAGACAUAGAGCAGAAAAUCUACUGAAUAUCUCCUUGGCAUAAACGUAGUUUAUAUAUACCAUCAAUGAGGUUGAAGGGGAAUCUGGAAGCUCAAGAGAUGAAAAUUAAUCCCCUCAAUUCAUUUGA